AUGGUUAGUGGGGAUGCGCUGCAGAAUCUUUACUGCGAGUCCUGCCUGCUCCAGGCCGAGCUGGUGAAUUAUGAGCGAGUCAAGGAGUACUGCCUCAAAGUGCUUCAGAAAGAAGGCGAGAACUUCAAGGCGCUCUAUCGAUCAGGAGUGGCAUUUUACCACUUGGGUGACUUCAACAAGGCCCUCUACUACCUGAAAGAGGCAAGAUCCCGCCAGCCAACAGAUACCAAUGUCAUACGAUAUAUCCAGCUGACAGAGAUGAAGCUCAGCAGGUGUUCCCAGAGAGAGAAAGAAGCCUUGUGAAAAUGAAGCCGCUUCAGCUGAAGUGCCCAAGGGGGAACAUUUCAUUCCUAAAAGCCCAUUUGGUGGAUUUUCCUGUUUACUCUGCCUCAUCCUCAUCUCCUCAUCCAUCCACUCUCCCUUGCUCUACAUUGAAUCCCAGUUUUGAAAAAAAAAAGACUUAGAUGCUGAAUAUGGCUGCUUGCCAACCGUGGUAAUACCCCUUCCCCGUGGCAGGAGAGUACAAUGGCUACAACCAGCCUCGUUCCACAACAGUGUCACGCAUCUGGAGUAGGCAAUGCUGGGGGACCUUUUUGGUCCUGAGCUGACUGCCUAUUUCCCUUAGGGAAGCAAACCCCAGAACAAUGACUUUCCUGACCAGGCAAGUUGGAGACAAACAGUUUCUGCUCUGAGUGAUCACUGGAGCUUGGAAGAACUAAGAAACCAAGAGAGCCGCUGGUCAUUUCACAGGGGAUAGCAAAUGCCUUUUUACCAUCCAUUCCCCCUGCCUGCUUCUCUAGUGUGUGUUACCAUUCUCCAGUGAGAGCUCACAUGCUCCCAGUCUAAUACCAGUGAAAACUUUCUAAACAUCCUCUUAAUGAAAGCACAGAGCACCCUAUGACCCAACCCCCCCCCACCCCCACAGAGCUGUCCCAGUGCCAGAGGCGAAGGCUGUGGGCUACCACAGAACACUAAAUGGACUGUGAAAGCAUGGUGUACAGUGUGAGGGAAAAACUGUGAAAUAAAUCAUUAAAGGCAAAUAAAAAUUAUUAAUAGGCAACAA